AGUUACUGGUGUUAUUAUGAUUGUUGUUGUUGUUGUUUUGUAUUAUAACAGGAAAAGUAAUGGGUUUAUCGUUUUGAGGUCGCGUUCGCUGAAACGCGUCGUACAGGAAGAAGACGGUAAGAGACGAAGAAAUAAAAAGGUUACGCAAUCAAUCGGAUAUGUGAACAGUUUGUGAAUAAUUUUGAAUUUGGCACGAGCAGAACCUUAGCAUUAAUUGUUUCAUAUGUUAAUGAAUCGUAUGUGCCGUGUAAAGUGCGUAAGAAAUAGAGUUUCCGUGCGACUGUUGCGCGCGAGUCCGUUUAUAAAGACGAGCGGUAGGAGUGAGUUGCGUGUCUGCUGGUUGGUGGUGUGUAUUUUAGUGUGUCAGAGAGGAGCGAAGUGAGUGGUCGUGGCACAACCAUCCCAACAACACCAAUCACCUGAUCCUAUAAUGCCAAUUGGCCGACCGGUACUAUAAACAAACACUAUAGUAACCAUGGCACCGAAUCUCAGCAAGUUCGUCACCAAGAGCAACGGGUUGGCCGCGGCCGGCGUAGUCGCCGCCCUCUGGAUCCUCUCCAGGAAGUCCAAAUCGCAGUGCAAGAGCAAAAGCGGCAGCAGCAGCAGCAAAAGGAACCGCGUCGAGGAGGACGUCAAGUAUGUGCUUGCAGAGAAGAAGGAGAACAGACCAAAGGCUCAGGUCGAUAGGCAGUUCUUCAAGCAGGUGGCUCAGCUGCUGGGAAUUGUGGUGCCCGGUUGGACAUCCCCCGAAGCAGGUCUCCUGCUGCUGGUGGCAGGAAGUCUGAUUUCCAGAUCCCUCUGUGACCUGUGGCUCAUCAACAAUGGCACCAAAAUUGAAAGUGCUAUUAUUUCGAUGGACAAGAAGCUGUUCUAUAAGCGGUUGUUGAAUUUUGUUGUUGCCAUGCCUUUCGUCUCCAUGGUGAAUAACGUGCUCAAGUACUCGAUCGGGGAGCUCAAGAUCAGGCUGAGGACUAACAUGACGCGGAGGCUGUACGAGGACUACUUGAAGGGCUACACGUAUUACAGAAUGACGAACCUGGACAACAGGAUCACGAACGCCGAUCAGCUGCUCACCACCGACGUGGACAAGUUCUGCGAAUGCGUGGCCGACCUCUACUGCAACAUCGCCAAGCCGACCCUGGACAUCGGCAUCUACGUGUUCAAGCUGACCUCUAGCCUCGGCGGCGGUGUUCCGUCUCUGAUGCUCGGUUACCUCUUCAUAUCCGGCAUGAUCCUGACGCGUCUCCGAAGACCAACAGGAAGAUUGACAGCGCAGGAGCAGAAGCUUGAAGGAGAGUUCAGACACAUCAACGCCAGAUUGAUAACGCACUCCGAGGAGGUGGCCUUCUACAACGGGAAUCUGCGCGAGAAGGCGACGCUUCUCUCCAGCUACAACAAACUGUUGGCUCACUUGAGGAAAUUCCUCAAGUUCAAGAUCUUGAUGGGCGUCAUAGAUAAUCUGGUGGCGAAGUACUUCGCGAGCGCUGUCGGUUUCUUCGCCGUUUCCAUUCCCUUCAUGUCAGCCAAUCACUUCUUGGGCAAAUCCUCGCAAGGCGACCGCUCCACGCUCUACUACACGUACGGCAGGAUGCUGGUGAAGUUGGCCGAAGCCAUCGGAAGAGUGGUGUUGGCCGGAAGGGAAUUGACGAGACUGGCGGGCUUCACCGUCAGAGUGUCGCAGUUGCGCCAGGUGAUGGACGAGCUGAACGCCGGCAAGUACCAGAGGACUAUGGUGGCCGGAGCGGAGAACCUGAAACCUGGAGGUGGAAGGUUAAUCUUCAAAGAUAAUCUAAUCAAAUUCAACAAAGUACCCCUGAUCACACCCAACGGCGACGUCCUGAUCGACGAGUUAUCCUUCGAGAUUCAAUCGGGCAUGAACGUUUUGGUCUGCGGCCCGAACGGCGCCGGCAAAUCCUCGCUGUUCCGCAUCCUGGGCGAGCUCUGGCCCAUCUUCGCCGGAGAAUUAACGAAACCUCCGAUCGGCAAGUUGUUCUACAUCCCGCAGAAACCCUACAUGACCUUGGGCAGUCUCAGAGAUCAGCUGACUUACCCGCAUUCGGGAGCGGAGGCUGCGAGAAGGGGCGCCUCCGACGACAUCCUCGAGCAGCACUUGAAUCGCGUCCAACUAGGUUACCUGAUGGAGCGGGAGGGCGGUCUGGAUGCCGUCGCCGAUUGGCUGGACGUCCUCAGCGGCGGCGAGAAGCAGCGAAUCGCGAUGGCUCGUCUCUUCUACCAUGCCCCGCAGUUCGCGAUUCUCGACGAGUGCACUUCGGCCGUUUCCGUGGACGUCGAGGGUAGCAUGUACAGAUACUGCAGAGAGGUUGGCAUCACCUUGCUCACCGUUUCACACCGGAAGUCGCUGUGGCAACACCACGAAUUCGUUCUCCAAUUGGACGGCAGAGGAAGCUACACCUUCGACGAGAUCGACACUCACACCGAAGAGUACGGCUCGUGAAUCAGCACACACCCUUAGAUAAACAUAUUUAUAUAAAUUAUAAUGAUACAUAUUUAGUCCAGAUUGAGAAUAUACAUACGGAUUUUUUUUUUUCUAUAGAUGAAUCUAUAUUCUGUUGUACGACAAUAAUUGCAAUCACCAUCACCGACGCACCGGAAAGAGAAAACGCUUGGCUUGUAAACAAA